CCAUACAAAGCAAUUACAGUCGUAGUUUUCCGAGCUCACUUAAGACUACGCUUGGGUUCCUGUCAAGUUGUACCAAAAGGCUCGGCAUAAAGCGUCAACCGUCUACAAGCCGUUUCAGGUCAGUUGAAGCUUCCCAGUCAAAAGGGGUCUCGCACGUGAUGUACUACUAAGCAGUCAUCACGUCUAUCCUGCUUUCAAAUUCACCAAUUACCGUGAUCCCUCUUCAAUGAACAUUAUUCUUGGGUUUCAUAGCUUUUUCGAAUAGUUAAGCUAAACCCUUUUCUCAGACGUUGGAUUCGUCCAUAACAGCAACGGCUUCCAUCAGCUCCUUGACUUUUAGGCUGCAGCGGUACUUGUCAUUCAGAAAGAACUCUGCCAUCAUUCCUUCACUCCCGUCAGUCCUAUCACAUACAUACACAAUGUCGUCUCGACGGUCAGCUCGUCUGAGCGCAGUAUCUUCGGCUAUCAAAGAGGAUCCCAAACCCUCAGAAAACGGGUCUACGCCACCCAAGGUGGCGAAUAUCAGCAAGAAAAGAAAGGUUGCUCCAGAAAUCACAGAACCAAAGACCAAUGGCAGUCCAUCAACGCCAAAAAGAAAGAAGGCUUCAAAACCAAUUCCGCCCAUCACUCCAACUCCAACAGCUAUUGGUUUGAUGUCAAUGCCCUACAGUUCAGGAGAUAUUGAUAACACUACUCCGCCUCCCAUUAACCGACUUGCUGUUCCCAACGGUACUAAUGCCGCCCUGGUAACACCAGAGACUCAUCGACUGGUAGCAAGUAAGCCAGUCGAUCAGAUAUCACCUUCCAAGAAAGCUAGUGUUCAGACUACUGGCAAGAUUCUUGACGAGGCAAUAGCCCAUCUCCUCAAGGCGGAUCCAAAGUUGAAGCCUGUAAUCGAGCAGGAGCAUUGUCAUGUCUUCUCACCAGAGGGACUAGCUGAGGAGAUUGACCCUUUCAGAAGUUUAGCAAGUGGGAUUAUCUCUCAGCAGGUCUCUGGAGCGGCAGCAAGGAGCAUCAGAGCCAAGUUCGUUGCUCUAUUUAACACAGAUAAGUCAGAUGCCUCGCAGCACGUCUUCCCAACACCUUCCCAGGUGUGUGGUAGUACCAUUGAGGUCCUACGAACUGCUGGACUUUCUCAACGCAAAGCAGAAUAUAUCCUUGGUCUUGCAGAGAAGUUCCACUCUAACGAGCUGACAACUGAGAUGUUGUUCAAUGCUUCAUACGAAGAAGUUCUAGAGGCUUUGAUCAAGGUCAGAGGACUUGGAAAGUGGAGCGUGGAAAUGUUCGCUUGCUUUGGACUCAAGAGGAUGGAUGUCUUCUCAACUGGGGACUUGGGUGUUCAAAGAGGUAUGGCUGCAUUCAUGGGAAGAGAUGUCAAUAAGUUGAAGGGAAAGGGAGGCAAGUGGAAGUACAUGAGUGAGAAAGAAAUGGAAGAGAUCGCAGAGAAGUUCAGGCCUUACAGAAGUUUAUUCAUGUGGUUGAUGUGGCGAGUUGAAGAUGUCGACAUCAGCACUCUUCAAGGCUAGGCCAGACUGUCCAUCGCACUUGUGCACAAGCAUGGAUUGAUACAUGUAGGAAUUUCGGAUUACAAUCUAAGAAAUGAAAGAAUAUUGCGGGUAGUGGACUGUAAACUCUACCAUUUUCUGGGUUGGUUUCUUAUGAAAAGCAUUCCUGUUCGAGUAACAUCCCAACCUCGCUCUGCAAUGCAUUGUGCUUAGUUACCGCGAUGUAAGUAAGGGACGUGUAUUGAACUCGUUCCUUCAGUUGCCAAAGCGUACCGAC